AUGUUUCCUCGUUUUUUAAGUCAGUCAAUAAGAAAUAGUGGUUUAUGUUUACGAAGUAAUUCGACUGUAACACAACAAAUACCCCAAAAAGCCACCGAAAUCACUGAGAUUGAGGAUAACAUAACCAAAAAAAAUAAUCCCUUAGAUCAUCCAGACUAUUUCCAAGUGCACAAUUUAUUUACUGUAAAGGAUCUAUUUGAUGCAAAGGUGCACUAUGGACAUAAAGAAGGAUCUUUAAAUGAGUUUAUGGCCCACUAUCUCUAUGGCUCAAGACAGGGACAUCUUAUAUUUGAUUUGGACAUAACAGCAGAUUAUUUGCCUGCAAUUCUAAGAGGAAAAGAAGAGAGGAUGAAAUUUCUUCAAGAGAGUGAA